AACAUGCAGCACAGCCCCUAGAAAGGCAACAGAUGGAUUAGUUAGGUUGCACAGGCUGCCCUGCUGCACAGUCAGAGCAGGCAAGGAGAUGGCUUGUCAAGAACUGCGCCCUGCUGCCUUCGUUUGGGAUGGGACCUCAGGUGCACAUGAGACGGGCAGAUUGCCCCAGUGGCUGUUCUAAAAGAAAACUGAUCUCGCUCUGAAGUGGCCGUGAGAGAGCAGGGUGCAGCAAUGCAGUGUGGGGGUGUGGGGGUGUGAAUUCUGAUCUGCUCCAAGGGACACCUGUCGUAGUGUGUCGAGCCAGAACGGACACAUAUGCUCCGGCAUGUUCCCCCAGGGCUGCGGACUCAGCCUCACCAUGCAGGACGGCUCGGGACCGAUCACCUGUGACGGCAAGACACAGGACGCAAGGCCAUGCAAGUGCUGAGUGAGAAGCUGCCACCUGCUUGCCCUGCUGUUCAAGAAGUGCUGAGACAGACACGUCUGCUCCCUGCCCAUUCAUGGAGAACACAGAGGUGGAGUCAGACAUUCUGCGCAGCGUGCGUGCUCUCCUUCGAGAACUCGACGGACACCAUCAUGCCUUCCAGGGUGAGCGAGGGAUGUUGCGCUGGACCUUGCAUAAGAAAAUUGAUCGGAAUCCCCUCAACAGCGCCAUCUUGGUUAAAAUCCUGGUGAAAGAGCUGGAAAGGGCAGAAAAAGGAGAUUAUAGACAUUACAUCAUCCCCCUGCUUCAUACAUUAAUGUACACGCUAAUAAAGGCUCCCUGCAUUUCAGACGAUCUCUAUGAAAGAGUGUAUGACUUCUGUAAAAAGCUACUAACUCUGCCGAAGCCUUACUGUACCAUUGGCUUGGACUACGCGUUCCGGUUAAAACUAGAAAGAGUGACACCAGGGGUGUUAUACCAAAGAAUGAUUAUUUCUGAACAAAGUCUGAAGAGCGACCCAUAUCCUUAUCAGGAAAGAGUUUUCAUAUUUGCAGAUCCAGAUGUGCUCUCCAAGGCUGUAUGCAAUUCUCUAAUCACUGAAACCAAAGCUGCUCAGAUGUAUCAGAAUCCCAGAUCAUGCAUGUGCUAUGUGAUAACACAUGCUGUGCAGGCGGCUCUGGGUGAGGACUGUGAUGUUGAAAGUUUCCAGAGGAUCCUUCAGAAUAAGCCCACAGAUGAGCUAGAGCACUGUUUCCGGCAAGUGGUGGCAGCCGUCGAGUGUACAGGAAAUGAGACGAAUGCAGACCGUGGCCGGCACGCUGAGAGGCUGGAGAAAAUCUACAGCAUGGUGCUGAACUCCUCAGCAGGAGGAGGCAGUUCACCAGGAGAACUCCACGGCACCCCACUGCCCAACCCGAAUAUCAGCUUCCACUUGUGGACUGACGAAGACCAGCUUUGGAAGGAGCUGGUGUUCUUCGUUCGCCCGCUGUCGCAGACUUGCGAGCAGGACUGCCUGAGCCAGGAACUGGACAACUUUGAGAUCCAGGACAUUGUGUCUGACUGUGACUGCUGCGAGCAGACCCGCUUCUCCGUGCUCUCCACCGACAGCGGCAUUGAACGGGACCUGCCUGCGGCAGGCGAGGAGUUGCUGCCGCCCAGCAGCACUGACGUUGAGCAUGCCAGGCUCCAGAGGAAGGGCGGCAUUAAGAAAAAGGCAUGCCUUUUGGAGAGCAUGGCCUUGCUGCAGAACAGCUGCAAUGGCCCAGGGGCAAAGCAAUGUGGGAAGCUGCACAGGAAGUCUGACAGCAACAUGGUGCCCAUGCCUCACUUCCACAGACUGUACACUGCCCGGAUUGUGGUUCUGGGGGAUGACAGGGUCUUGGGGCGACUGGCCCAAGCCUAUUACUCACUGAGGAAACGAGAAACCAGACGUGUUUUCCUGACGCCAAGGCUGAACCUGCAGUUUUAUUAUGUCCCUGUUAUGGAGGGACAGCCAAACACCUGGUCCACUCAGGAUCAUACCACGCCUGGCCAGAUGGAGCUCUGUGAGUUGGCUGUGUAUCUGGGCAAAGCUGACCCUUGGUAUGAGAGCAACAUCAACACACUGUGUCACAUGAUCCCCAAGCUGGCCACCAUGCCCUCCUCCCUGAGCACGCACCCCAUGUCCGACCCAUUCAUUAUUGAUGUGAUCGCUUACUACGUGCGCCUGGGCAUCCAGCCAGUCUAUUUCCAGGUCUAUGCUGUUAAGAUUUUCUUCAGCAACGAGGCUCAGGAGCCAGCAGAGGACGUAUUCCUCACCGAGUUGAGUGCCAAGGUGCAAGAUUGCAAAACUCCCAAAGACCAUAUGCAGACAAAGAAGAAAACAACGCUGGAAGUCCAUGGGGCAGAUCUCGCAGUAACGUAUAGCAAGGUUUUGCUGAGUAAUCGGAAGAAGGAGGUAGAAGUCUCGUUGCGAUCUACCGGCCUGGUGAUGAAAGCCAUUCCCUCCAGUGAAACAGAAGAUCUGGCGUGCUUGAAUGUAAAUAUUGCUGAAGUCGUCAAAACCUCCAACCUGUCGGGAAAAUCAUUUUCUUCAGCAGCAAACAAGAUCAGAACACGUAAUAUCAAAAUCCAGAGCAUGGAACAAAGGACCUUCAACCUGUGCCUGGACAAGGACUUCAGAAGGACCUACACAAACGUGGUCGGUGUGGAAGUUUCUCCUUGCCUGGAACCCAGCUAUUGCUUGCAAAAGACAAGGACAAUGAAAUUCAGCCUGCAUGAACCGGAGGAUGUGGGACUGGCCAAAUACAUGCCCAAAUCUUUGCUAUUGCCCAUCAACACAUUUGCAGGCAUCAUCCAGUGAAGAAGAUAAGAAAAAAUUGACAUGAGAGGCAUUUGUAAGAAUCCCUGGUUGGGUCACAAUAGAAUGAGGACUGAAGAACACACUAAAAGCCACCUACAGUGACUUCACAACCAUUUCUCUUGUAAAGCUACAACUGGACGGGAUGUUAGGGCUCAAAGAAGAAAGUAAAAAUCAGGCAAACUGUUAUAAUGCCGUGGCUUAGGUCUGAGCCAAGAAGCAGAGCCUGGGAGAAGGUGGAACAGCAGGAGUUCCUGUAAUGCUGGAGAGUGGGGCUGGGCUGUGGAACUGAGCAUGGAGGGAGAUAAGCAGGAGUCAGACCGUUAUUCUUCUUUGUGUGUCAGUAAAAUACCUUGAGAGGGGAGGAGGGGUUUCUUCGGGAGAAGGAUUGGAGACAAGCUGGCAGAGUUUGGCUUCUGCUUGCUUUAGGUGUGGCACAAGGUGCAAUUAUUAUUUAAUAUUUUAUAUUACAGUAGUGUCUGAAACCCCUAAUCAGGGAUCAGGGCCCAUUGUGCUGGGUGCUGCGCAGAUACACCUGAAGCCACGGUCUCUGUUCCAAAGCAAUAUAUUUGAGUCACCUUGGACACACAGGCAAUUGCCUCCGAACAUUCACUCAGCAAAGAAGAAAGCUUGUCAGGGCUGAUUGGAAUUGGGUAGAACAUGUGCAUCACUAGGGUCUGCCGAGCUCCCACUGAGGUCUGUGGGAAAAACUGCCAUGGACUUCCAUGCUAGUGACUUUGGCUAGGAUCAAACAAAGCUCCCACAGCAGCAGGUGCACAAGUUCCUAUCUUCAUUCUUGCUCGUUGCCAGCUGAAGUCAUUUCAGAUACCCCGUGCAGAUUCAUUAACUUGUCGGAUCUAAUCCAGAAUGUCCAGAACAGCGCUAACAAGGUUUCCCUUAAAUCCUGAUAGAUGUGAUCAUUAGACCUUCCUUGCGUGAGACUAUCAGUGUCUGUUCCUAAACACGGGGUUACACAAACCCCAAAUUGUUCUCUGCUCCCACACCUCAUUGCCAGUGUUGCUUUGUAACAAGGAUGCAAGAAACAGCUACCCAAAGAACCCAUCAGUGGCUUCUCUAGUUUCUUGGCCUUCAUGUGCUUUCUGUUUGGUUCACGGGCUAUAGACUGGUGAGGAGUGCCUGAGAGCCCAGAGCAGUUUACAGGUGGUAAUGCGUUUUAGUGUAGUGCGUAUUGGGCCAGGUUAAUUUGCAGUUCCAUAAGGUCUCAAGUGCAGCACAUGCUCCCCAAGAGAUUCUGCUCAUAGCCAAAGCAGCCCGAACAGGCGAUGGUGCUGUCUGAUGAAGAUGUCCGUAGGGGAGUGCUGAGUCAGUGCAUCCCAGCUGAGGAGUAAGCCAGCAAGACUCCCACAAGAGCUGCUGGUGGGACUUCAAGCUGCACCCCCCAGAAGAAUCCCUACAGGAGUAUGGCAGGGAAAACAACAUCCCCCCUACCCCCAGAAGUGACUCCACACUCUUGCCAUGGAACUGCUGGCCAGGCUGGGAUGUGAUUUUUGUCUGGCCAAUGGGAACUGUUCCUCUGACAAUCGGGAUACUUAAUUUAGUGCCUACAUGUGGAAUAAGAAUGUAUCCAACCAAACUUUAGGUAUCCAAGUUUGAAAUGUUGGGCUGCAAUGUUUAGAUCGAGCCCCUCUAAAUAACCCUUCACAGAACUGCCUUGAUUAAGGCCCAAAGAUUUUGAUGACAUUAGGAUUUCUUGGACAUUUAGGCCCUGUGGACAUUGGGGAAGUUUGGGUUAAAUUUUCCCCCAUGUAGGCUUUAUAGAUUGUCUCAACCCUCCUGAAGCUCCCAUCACUGCCCUGCUCUGCGAUUUUUAAGAUCAAACAACAACUUACUCUCUCCCCUCACUGCAAACGUUUUUAUCGUUUACUUUCUAGCUAAAGUUUUACAAACUCCCAGCUUAGCGUAUUGCAUAAAACAUAAACAUAAAAACAAUUCCCUGGGAAGCUCUAUUGAAAUAAACUGUCUGCUGGCAAAUCACCUUUAGAACUGAUGGCAGGUGAGAGGCGCCCUAGCAACAGGAGAGCCUGGCAGCCCCCCAGAAUCAUUUAAUUACAAAAAAAGUAAAUGUGCCUAUGAGAAUCUCACACACACCAUGGGGCAUCCUCACUUAUUAUGAGACACUCAUGGGUUGGGUGUGUAUUUACUGUACUGCCAAGUGACUCAAGUACUCGAGAACUGUGAUUUCACGAAGAGCUAUACUCCCCAAAGUGUGGUAUUCCACUUAUGAAAAUUGCAUAUUGGACUUUUUCCUCCAGGGGAAAAAAAAGCCAAGCCCUAUUGUUGUUCCAUAAUCAGUGGGGUUACAAAAAUAAUUCAAAAGUUUAAUUCAGGAAAUUUCCUUCACCCCUACUGCACUGCACUUCCUUGUAUUCGGAUCUCACCAGAGCCACUGAAGGAAAUAUUUUUGUUAUGCUAGAAGAUUUAGCCAUCUCGUUCCAAGUUCAGCUAACCUCAGCUCCUGAGCCGUAACGAGGGGAUACAAGAUAAACAAAGGCAGAAGCAUUCAGCAACAGGGCUUUCAUUUCUUCAGCAUAAACAGCAUUGUCUUCAACCUCAGUUUACUCAUGGCUUAUUGUAAAUUAUUGACAAGCAAGAACAUAAAGUUUAUGUGGAAAAGAGAUGAAUUUGGCCCCAGGAGACACAUACAAGAGAGACCCCAUGACUAAUGAUGGCAAAGGAGGUCAAGAAAUGCCUGGAUGAAGCCAGCACUUCUCUUCCUAUGAGCUGCUAUGUAGGGCAGUAAUUUGAGAGGCUGACAAACAGCUCCUCACAUGUUUGCCUGCCUUGGGAUUUAACUAUAAGUUCAACUCGCCUGGCACUCUAGACAUAACCAGAGACUUGUGUGGUAGCAUUGAAUUUGUACUGAUGUAUAUAGGUAUUAACUAUGUAUAGUUGUAUAUGAUGUAGAUAGAUUAUAAAUUAUUUGUAUAGGUGAAAUGGAUUAUAUAUACUGGAAAGUGCAAUCUUUUUACCUGUUUGAUUAAAUGACAUUAAAGA